CGCCGCUGCUGCCGCCUCUGCGUCUGGCUGCUGCAGACCCUCGUCCACCUCCUGCAGCUCGGCCAGGUCUGGAGGUACCUGCGCGCCCUGUACCUGGGGCUGCAGAGCCGCUGGCGCGGGGAGCGGCUGCGGCGCCACUUCUACUGGCGGAUGCUGUUCGAGAGCGCCGACGUGAGCAUGCUGCGCCUGCUGGAGACCUUCCUGCGCAGCGCGCCGCAGCUGGUGCUGCAGCUCAGCCUGCUGGUGCACGGCGGCCGCGAGCCCGACCUGCUGCCCGCCCUCUCCACCUCUGCCUCCCUCGUGUCCCUGGCCUGGACGCUGGCCUCCUACCAGAAGGUGCUACGAGACUCGAGGGACGACAAGCGGCCGCUGUCCUACAAGGGCGCCGUGGCCCAGGUACUGUGGCACCUGUUCACCAUCGCAGCUCGCAGUCUGGCCUUCGCCCUCUUCGCCAGCGUCUACAAGCUCUACUUUGGCAUCUUCAUCGUGGCUCACUGGUGCGUCAUGACCUUCUGGGUCAUUCAGGGGGAGACAGACUUCUGCAUGUCCAAGUGGGAGGAGAUCAUCUACAACAUGGUGGUAGGCAUCAUCUACAUCUUCUGCUGGUUCAAUGUCAAGGAGGGCCGCAGCCGCCGCCGCAUGACCCUCUACUAUUGCAUUGUCCUGCUGGAGAACACCGCGCUCACCGGCUUCUGGUACUUCAGCCGCAACUUCUCCAACGACUUCCACUCGCUCAUCCUGGUCUGCGUGGUGGCCUCCAGCUUUGCGCUGGGCAUAUUCUUCAUGUGUGUCUACUACUGUCUCCUGCACCCCAAUGGACCCAUGCUGGGUCCCCAGGCACCUGGCUGCAUCUGCCCUGAGACCCCAGGGACCUGUGGCCCACCAGCCGAUGCCAUCACAAGUCCCCCACGGUCCCUGCCAAGGACUACAGGCGCCGAGAGAGAUGGGGCCUCCAUGGGGGGUGAGCGUGCAGGGACCCCCACGCUACCUGUCUUCCAGGUGCGGCCUGGCUUGCCUCCCACACCAAUGGCCCGCCCCUUGCGGACAGAGGGGCCUGUCAUUCGGAUUGACUUGCCUCGCAAGAAGUACCCAGCUUGGGAUGCUCAUUUUAUUGACCGCAGGCUCCGGAAGACUAUCCUGGCAUUGGAGUACUCCUCUCCCGCCACACCCCGGUUGCAGUACCGGAGCGUGGGGACCUCCCAAGAGCUGCUGGAGUACGAGACAACCGUGUAGGCCACAGUCUGCUCUGACAAAAAGGAAUGGACUUGGCUGAUCCCACAUCGACUACAGUGUUGAGCCAGGAAUUUCAGGGCCACCAGGCUAUGGGGGCAUGGAUCUGUUGAUCCAAGGGUAGAGUGGCCCCAUCAUUGGGUUCUUUUUAAGGGAGGGGGCUGUCUUAUGGAGACUCCAGCCCCAGGCCCCAUUUACAGCCCUGUGGCCAGUUCCCUAGAUUCCCCUGAACCAGGGCCCAGGGAAUCAACUGGUGCUACACUCCUCGUGCGUGAGCUGCCCCACUUUCAUGGGGCCUCCGUACCAUGCCUGUUGCAGGGGGCCCGCACCCUCUCCCCUGCCUGGCAUUGUCCACACAUCGCCCCUGGUGAACCUACCAGAGGAAGGGCACUGUCUGGAGUUCAUGGCGAGGCCCUGUGCUCCUUGGGGGUAUGGCAGUGGGCUGCCUCUGUGGUGGGAGGGGAUAACUGAGAAGGAUGGAGGAGGCCAUGGGAGGUGGGGGUGAGUUUGGAGCAUCUUGCGGACGGGAUCAGCAUAGUACCUGGAGGGUCUGAGGCCUGGAGUUAGGCAAGAGGGCAGCUGAAGGAGGGAGUAGGGGUGGGUGGGGAAUUGGGAUGUGGGCUGAUAGUGCAGAGAUGGAAAGAACCCCAAGGGGUCCAAACUGGCAUAAACCUGGAAGGGUGGAAGAUCUGGGGGAGGAGAACCUGCAGUCCAGGGUCAAGUCCAGAGAAGGACUCUUUGGGAAAUAUACUUCGUUGUGGGCUGUGUUAUGGAUGAGGUUUGACACCUUGGGUGAAAAUAUUUCAAGGAGGCAUUUUUUGCUCUAGAUGAACAUCCAGAACAUUCCUAAGAUCUUGAGCACAGCAGAUAAAAUGUUCAGGAGGAUACAUUGUCUGAGUUCAAUUAUAGAUGAGGAUCUAGCUCAUUUGGCAGAAGAACUAUUGUAGAGAUGUGCUUAGGUCCAGAAGAAGUUCUAGAAGAACACUUAACUGAUGAAAUGUCCUAGGAAGUCUGUCAUAUAUCAUGUAUGACAAGCAAGGACACUGGACCCCUGAUGCUCUGCUGUGGAAGAUUCUAGUGCUUGCCAUGGUGAGGGAUGGGGAGCUCUAGAAACCAAUGCAAAUGGAAUGUUCUGGGUGUACUUAUGGGACUUCCAGGCUCCUGUCCACCUGGGUCCACAGUUAUCUCUCUAAAAGGAAGUUGUCCUCAGAACCCCGAAACAUUUCAGCUGCCAACUGGUUCUUAGCUAGAAAAAAGUAGAUCUGGGGAUGUGACAUGAAUCCUGGAUUUCAGCCACCCUGCAGAUGCCGCUCUGGGGAGGGUGUCUGGGAAGCUGACUUAUUUUUGUCUCCAAUCUGACAACCUCCCCAAGACCUAUGUUCCAUUCCCUUGGCCUGAACAUCCUGGGGUACUCAUGGGAUCACUCAUUCAGGGCCACUUCUAGUCCUGGAAGGGGUGCAGAAGGUUGGGAGUAGAGAAGGAGGCAGCUCCACGGAGUGGAGACAGAGCCUCUAGGCAGAGACUGGCUCCCCUUCCCACUCAUCCAUGCCCGCUAAGCUAAGGCACGUUUGCUGGGAGGAUAUCUGAAGCUCAGCUGCAGGGUGGGGCCGCAGUGGGUGUUAGAAUCAGACUAUGCAAAUUAGAGGGGGUGCUUAGCCCUUGCAGGCUCAGCCUCCCUGAGGAUUAUAGUGGGGAAACUAAGGCCCAGAGUGGCAGCUACUCUCCCAGGUCUGGCUGGACCAUCAGAUGGUAAUGGGUAAUGAUAGAUUUACUGAGGAUGUAGGGAAGGGGCCAUAUUCAGGGUGUAGGGUGACCCCACAGGCAGCGAGGGCAGGACUGCACCCACAAGCACACAUCAUAGCCGUGAUACAUGGCUCCCACCCUCCUGGCAUCACAGGCGGCUACAUCCCUCAUGCCGACAUUUAAGAAUGCAUUUCCUUCUUCCUCCUAUUUCUCUGAGAAACCUCAGGAACCCAGCUGCAAGAGUGAUAAGGGGUUCCAUCCUGACCCAGAUCUGUUCUGGUGGGCUCAUGGAUUCUCCUUGUCCUCUGUCCAGAACUGUUUUUGGAGAUCCAACUCCAUGACCAGUUACACACAGCACUGAGGAUGGGGACCAAGACCCACUGCCUAUCUCUCCAGGGCUGAUUGUGCCAAGAGUUUCCACCCACAGGGUCUCCCUGACACCGUCCUCUGCUCACAACAUCCUUACAAGAGCCAUUCUCCGCCUGCCCUACAGAUGAGACAACUAAGGCUCGGCGAGGCAAUGUGAGGGUCUCCCUUGGCAAUUAUUUUACUCCCAGGGUGCUAGAAUGGCCCAUCUCCAGCAUUCUAGAAGGAGAAGUUAAAAAAAAUACCCUACUCCUUUACAGCUCAGACUCCAAGAGCCAGGGAACAGGAAUGAACUGGCAAUGCCGGGCAGGGCUUGAGGUUCAUGGGGAAGCCACAGCCAUAUUUUCAGGGCUUGAACUCCACCCUCGAAUCAGACUAGUCCCACAAAACCUCUCUUCAGGGUCUCUGUCUGCAAGGUCAAGGUCAUGGUCAACGGGCUUGAGGAGAAGACUGUGAGCACCUCUCACUUCUCCUCGUUAGCUCAGCCCCUGAAAUACAUCCCUCCCUGGAGUUAGGAUCCCAUCUUUCCCUUCCUGAGGUCCCCUUUCCGCUGACCUGUUUCCUUGUUUCACUGCAAUAGAGGAGUCAGAGGGGAGGCCUCAUUUCCUUGGAGCUGUUGUUUUGUGUCCCUUUCUGUGACAUAAUCUACCUCAGCUGGUCUCUCUUCCCCAUUAGAACUGUGUUCCCUGGGUCCUCUGUACCCCAUUCUCUGACCUUCACCCUAUCCUGGAUGUUCAGUCCUUCCCAGGACCCCUCCAGAGUCUUUGAAAUGAGAGAAGUUUCCAGAAAUACAGCUCAAGAGAGCUUUGGGGUCCCCUAAGCCAACCACCCUCUAGUCCCAGAAGUUGAGCCCCAGAAAGGGCCAGGCACUUGCUCAAGAUCGCACAGGAAGUCAGUGCCGUGGGAGUUAGUUGGGUCCACCUUAAUUUUGCCAGGAACAGAAGAGAGCAGAACACUGGGUACCAAAGUACUGGGCAGUCGCCAACCCCAGGAAACCCUGUUCCCAAGGCAGACCUCUGUUUCUCUCUUUUCUUGACCUCCCACUUUAAACUGACCCCACAAGCUGAUGACUGCUCCCCAAACCUCUCCAGGCACCAGACACCCCACGUCACACCUCCAUGCACUGAUGUGCCUUGUAAUGGUCACCCCAGCUGAACAACACAGGCCACCACCCUCCCCCACAGGGGGCUCCCCAACAGGGAGUCCUUUUUGGUCCCCUCUUCUCAUCUGCCCCAUUCCUAUGUCUCCCUGCAGUCCGUCUUCCCCUCAGCCAGCUCUCUGCAGUCUGUAUCUCCUGGAGGUAUGUCACCCACGAGGGCGGGGACAGCAGAGGGCUGGGAGGCCAAGGCCCCAGGAAUGUCCAGGUCUCCAGAUCAGGACCAAGUAGGGUCUGCAAAUGUUCAGGGAAAGUCUUGCCUGGCAGUUGCAAAGCCCCCAGGAGACUGAAAUUCUGCAGGUGCUAAAUGAUAGGGACCCCCCCAGACUCCCCCCCCCGCCCCCUGCUGCAAAUGGGAUAGUGGGUGUGCCCUGCUGGAAGGCAUGAAAGUUCCAGGUUUUGAAAAACCUCAUGCUGGUCAAACUGAACACUGUUCCAAGCCCCUGGGGCCACCAGUUUGAGAGCUCUGGUUCAAAGUGUUGGUGGGGGUGUGGGGCUUGGGGACUUAGCUUAGCAGCAGAGCACUUGCCCUGCACUCCCAAGGCCCUGAGUUCUGUCCUUGACCCCAGGGGUGGAGGAAGAAAAUGCAACAAAUUCUGAGAAGGUUCCAGGGAGCCCUGCAGAGUCUGGAAGCCCCUCUGGUGACAUCAGGGUGCCUUGGCCCCCUCUGAGGCUUCUCUAGUCUAACCCUAAACCCCUUUCAAAGCACACCCAACUGCUCUCUCCGCUGUAAGGGAAGGGAAGUAGGGGAAGGAUCAUCUAAAAGGGUGACAGGUUCCUCCAGGGCCUCAGGGGGCUGCUUAGGGACUGGAGUUUUCUGCAGUGGUGGGGGCUCCUGGUUAGGAGGGACCUGCGUGGGGUGGGCAGAGUCCCGGCACAGUAAGGUUCAAAGUCAGGACCCACUGCCCCCUUGGCACCUGCUUCCUUCCCAGUCUCCGGGCAGGGCUUGUGGGGAGAGGGAUCUGUUAAUGUCUGUCCUGAAGUGCUUUGUGAUAUCUCAAUGGAAGGGACCAAGUCAGUGCCAAGACACACGGGCAGCUGUGGGCAGCAGCCUGGGUCCCUCUUCCCAGCCAGAGAGGUUUCUGAGACUCUGGGCUGGGGGCAGGGGUGGGGUAGUGACUGUAGCGUGCCAUUCUGGUUGGGGAUAGGGGGUGGGACAUUCCUGGGUUUGGGUUGCUACAGGCAGAGGCAAGGGGAGGAGGAGGGCUGGAGCAAGGCAUUGUGGGAGUGGGAGAGGAAGGCCCAGCCCAGCUUGGCCUAGUCCCUGGGGGCAGAAAAAGCCCCAAGGGAUGAAAGAGGGACUUCUUCCAUCUCACCUUCUAGAGGCAAGGAGGGGGCGCCCCUCUUUAGCAACCCUGGCCUGUAUUCUAUGCACACUCUCUGUCAGGGUCCCCCAGGCCAGGGGUGGGGGCCCAGAGGCACUGCAAUAAUCUCAGAGUGGAGGGUACCCAGGGACAAAGAGAACAGCACCAGGUGGGCAAAGAAUAUCCCUCCGUCUCCCCAGCACCCCAAUCCCAGAAGCUAACCCAGCCUAAUGGAACCUUCUUCCUGCCUCUCUCCACUGGGCUACACCACCCAGCUCCAAGGGGCCUCAAGUGACCCCCACGGUUUUCCAAACCAGUCAUCAAAUAGUGAAGGGCCCUGAAGCAUUCCCAGGCUUCCCCAUGCUGUUUCCACCCCAGGGUCCCACAGUUCAGGGGAUUCGUUUCUUGAUGAAGGAUUCAUUUUGCCACAUUAAAUUAACUCGAGCUGAGCUUCUGGCUGUGGGUAAAUGCUCCCAAGGCCUCAAGUUAGCUUCCAGGGGUUGAGGGUAGCGGAAUUCCUGUAUCCUAUUGGAUCGCUUAGUACGGAAUUCUCAAAAGCACUCAUGGAGGCCCUUUCCAGUCUCCAUAGACCCUCAGGCAGGAUCCGGGACCCCAAGUUGAGAAUCAAUGGCUUAAUUAUCCAGCAUCCUACUUUCUUUACAGAAGGGGCAGUUCCACAGAUAGGAGGUGAUCCUCCCAGGGUCCCACAGCAAAUUGGUGGCAGGGUGGAUCCAGACCCAGGUCAUGUGGGAAGGGAUCCCACCAGAAUACCCCCAGCUCGAUCCCCGCUACCUUUUCUCCAGGAACCACUAGCCAUGCCUGAGGGACUGAUUUCCCUCUGUCAAUCAGCACAAUCCUGGUGACUCUCUCCUCUGUGUUCUUCCUUCCCUCCCUCAGCAGCCCCCACCCUGCCCACUGUUUCCUAUUCCUGGCCGCCUCUGCCCACCCCGUAGUUACUACAUCUGUGCCAUUCCCAAUCCUCCCACUCCCACUCGCCCUUCUGAGCUUCCCCCAGGAGGGGGAGGGGAGCCCAAGCUGGGGCUUCUGUACUGAGACUCUUUUGUACACCACAAACUUUUUGUAUAUUUUUAAUUUUGCUGCAACAUGAGAUAUUAAAAGUCAUUUCCGUACGG